GCAUUUGACCAGGCGGUGACCAAGGACACGUGCAUGGCUGUUGGCUUCUUCCAGCGCGGCGUGACCCACUUCCAACUGGAGCGGUUCCAGGAGGCGCUGCUCGACUUCCAGCGGGCCCUCACUCUGCUGCGGGGCAAUGCGGCCAUCGACUACGCGCAGCUGGGCCUGCGGUUCAAGCUGCGAGCCUGGGAGGUGCUGUACAACGUGGCGUCCGCGCAGUGCCGGCUGGGGCUCUGGACCGAGGCCGCCCACAGCCUGGCGGAAGCCGUCUCCAAGUGGCCAGAGGGGGCCCAGGGCAUCCUGGAGGCGGCCCUGGGCCGAGUGAAGAAACAGGCCCCGCUGCAGCCGCGGCAGAUCCCCAGGGGCGAGGUCUUCCGGCCCCCCAGACGGUACCUGGAGCUCCUGGAGCCCGUGGACUUCCUGGGCAAAGCCAAGGUGGUGGCCUCCGCCGUCCCCGAUGACCAGCACUCAGGCGUCAGGCUUCAGCAGCCACAGGGACGGGGAACAAGUCACAGAGCCGGGCCCAGGCCUGCACCAUGGGCCCAAGCCACGGACCCCAGAGGAGCCAGUGCCCACCACAGCCCCCCCCACGCAGAGGCGGCGGUUGGCUCUGACCUGGUAGGGUGGGCCGACACCCCGGGGCAGCGUUCCCGGGGGGAGCAGGUGGGCACACAGGCUCCGCCAGCCCCAGGGCUGCCGGCAUCUGGGAGGCCUGGUCCCGGCCCCUCUGAGGACCCCACGGGUGCUGAGGAAGCAGCCACAGGGGGCCCCGAGCCCUUGGUGACCAUCACCGUGCAGUGUGCCUUCACCGUGACCCUGAAGGCCCGAAGACGCGCUGACCUGGGCAGCCUGCGGGCCCUGCUGGGCCAGGCCCUUCCUCGCCAGGCCCAGCUGGGGCAGCUCAGUUACCAGGCCCCAGGUGAGGCCGGGCACUGGGUCCCCAUCCCCGGAGAAGCGUCCCUGCAGAAGGCCUGGCAGGACACGGCCGCGGGCGCCAGGGAGCUGCAGCUCCAGUGCCGAGGAGCUGGGGGCCGGCCGGUCCUAUACCAAGCGGUGGCCCAGCACAGCUACUCAGCCCAGGGGCCCGAGGACCUGGCCUUGCGGCAGGGGGACACAGUGGACAUCCUGUGUGAAGUGGACCAGGCGUGGCUGGAGGGCCACUGCGACGGCCGCUUUGGCAUUUUCCCCAAGUGCUUUGUGGCCCCAGCCGGCCAGCACCUGUGAGGACCUGCCCACCUGCCUGCCCGCCCCAGGCCCAGUGGGAGCUCAGUCAAGAGGCCCCUUGCUGAAGAGUGUUUAAUAAAAGUAGUUCCCACCA